AUGGCCAUCUGCGGCGGGUUCGAACGCGUAUUCGAGGUUGGCCCUGUGUUCAGAGCAGAAACCUCCAGGACGCCCAGGCAGGCAUGUCUGAUUGAAGGAUUCACUGGAAUUUUGAAGGACAAUGUAGUUUUGGAAAGUAAUCUGAUGCUCUCUUUUAUACGUGCGGUCUGCGAUGUCAUAGCUGGCUUGUUUGUGUCAAUAUUUAGACAUUUGAAUGAAAACUGCAAGGAGGAACUUGGCGUCAUAAACAAGCAGCGUCCGUUUGAGCCUGUGAAGUAUCUGGAGCAAACCUUGAAGCUCACUUUUGAGGAAGGAAUCCUAAUGCUGAAUGACGCUGGAACAGAACUCGAGCCUAUGGGAGACCUGACUACUGAAGCUGAGAAAGUGCUUGGUCGGCUUGUCAAGGAAAAGUACGGCACAGACUUCUACAUCCUCCACCGGUAUCCUUUGGCCGUGCGCCCGUUCUACACCAUGCCUUGCCCUGACAACCCGGCUUACAGCAAUUCUUUCGAUGUCUUCAUUCAAGGCCAGGAAAUAAUCUCCGGAGCUCAAAGAAUACAUUCGCGGGAGAUGUUGGCGAGACGCGCUGAGGAGUGUGGAAUCGACAUCAACACUAUCUCGGCGUACAUGGAAUCAUUCAGCCAUGGCGCACCUCCACAUGGUGGUUUCGGGGUGGGGUUGGAGAGGGUGGCGGCGCUCUUCUGCGGCCUCAACAACAUCAAGGAGAUGUCCAUGUCCCCCGUGACCCGCACAGGCUCUCCCCAUGAUAAACCAGCAGCCGUGGUAUAUGCAAAAUAUGUGCAUAUUGUGUUGACAGUAAAAUAUGAUCGAGGGGUUAAAGAUGGUAAAAAGAAAAGAAAAUCAAAUUCAAAUGCAAUUAAAAAGAAUCAAAUUGGACUCCAAAUAUGCAAAAUCCAAAGAAAAGCGGUUGAGGCUAGUUUGGCAUGGCAGAUAAAACCGGCCCAUGCCGGUUUCUUCAGACAAGCCUCCAGGUUUUGCUAUAAUUGA